UGCCGUCGGCUCUGUUCGGCUAUCUCCGUGGAUUUUCAGUGGGAUAUUCCAUUAAACGCCAAAUUGUGGAUUUAAAGCAUAUUUGAUCAGCGGACGUCGGUGGGCUGUGGAGGGUGAAAUGCUCUUUAUUCAGGGGGAAAACUGUGUUUAUUGUCAGUGAAGCCCAGAGGAGAUCUCACGCACACUUGUUGACAUUUAGCGAACUGUGGUUACGUUAGCAUCAGUCAGCUAACUAGGCUUAUAAUUCAGUAUUUGGGCUUGAAAACUGUACAAUAUCGGAAGCAGUCUGUAUCAGAAUAAUCCCGAUGGUCGGGCUGUUGGUGAACGGGCUGUCAGAGAGCUGGCUGUUUUUUUUUUUUAGCUGUCACUGACUGCUGCUAAGCUAACUGAGCUAGCUGCUAUUCUCCGUUCACCUCUACUGUGUUUAGCAUGACAGCUAGCGUCAUGCUAACAAGAGAUUCAAACAAGUGGCUUUCAGUGAAAGUUUUAAAAUUAAGUUAAUUUAAGACUUUAACUCAUUAGAGUUAGUCCACGAUUAGUCAAAGUUAAUCUUUGAGGACUUUAGGACAGAUGGUUUUAAUAAUUAUUCCGUUUAACCAAAGAAAAUCACUUUUAUAAACUCCUGUUUGUUUGGCUCUAUUAGCUCCGUGGACGUAAACAGAGUUGAAAACUGACAUGGUGCACUGACUGUCCGGAUCACUCUCCAUCUCUGAUAAGCGUAGUAAUUUGUUUUAUAAACCCUCCGACAAUCAGCGGCCUCACCAUGGCCAGCUCCCCCGGAUCAGGAGCCUCAAACCCCCGCAAAUUCAGCGAGAAGAUCGCUCUACACACCCAGAAACAAGCGGAGGAAACCCGGGCCUUCGAGCAGCUGAUGACCGACCUGACGGUCUCCAGGGUGCAGUUUCAGAAGAUCCAGCAACUCCACCUGUCUCAGUCACGGGCGACCUGUUACGGAGGCUCUCUGCCCAACGUCAACCAGAUCAGCAACACCAGCGGAGAGUUUCAAGGUGGAUUUCCACCAGGAGUCGACCCCAUCAGAGGCACACGGCACCAUGGGCUAGUGGAGAGACCCCACAGAGACCGAAACCGCAUCAACUCCCCCCACCGCCGACCCACCGAUAAGCAUGGUCGGCAGAUGGAGAGUUCGCCGUAUGGAGGCAUGUAUCUGUCCCCUCCCCUGGACAACAGCUGGAGAAGGGAGGAGCCAUUGUCGAUGGAGGACAAACGACCUGGGUUUAGAUUGAUAUCUCAACUCAACAGGACCAACUCAGACUCUGCUCUUCAUACCAGCGCGAUGAUUCCAAACCCUCAGGAUCCAUUUGGAGGCAAUCAGACAAUGAGCCGAGCACCUCCCCAACGCAACGCGAGUGUUAAUGAUGCCGAGGUGGAUGGAGCAGGAAACAUCUUCUCGUUCCCGCCACUCUCUAAUGAUGAGAGUCUAAUGGGAGUCUGUAAACCUCUGCCCAAGCAGCUUUGGGAGGCCAAGAAGGUCCAGUCUCUGGCCUCCAGACCCAAAUCCUGUGAAGUGCCUGGAAUCAAUAUUUUCCCGUCUCCAGACCAGAACCCUGCUUUGUCUCACUUUCAGGGUUUGAUGAAUUCAGGCGGUUCCCUGCCCGACCUCACAAACCUUCAUUUCCCCUCUCCACUCUCCACGCCACUCGACCCUGAUGACCAUACUGCCUUUCCCAAUCUGAGCGGGGGCAGCAGCACAGGGAACCUGCCAGCCGCUAUGAUGCACCUGGGCAUCAGCAGCUCACAGGGUCUGUCCUCAUCCCUCAGUAACCCGUCCCUUCAGCUGUCGUUGAAUGCAUCUCAGCUUCAGUCAUCUCUCAGUAAUCCUUCCAUCAGCUCCUCUCUGCGUCUGUCCAACAACUCCCCCAGAAGACGUCCAACUCCAAUCAGCCCCCUCACCCUGUCGCCUAGCAAUGACCAACGCAAAGGACUAUCCUCGCAGCUGUCCCCCACCUCCCCGCCUCUGUCCUCAAUCACCCAGGGAGUCACUUUGGAUACCAGCAACAUGCCGAGGGAGCCGCCGCCGCCAUACCCGCUCUAUGCAUCAUCCCAGCAUGCAGUGGACCAAGGCAGACAACGCCAACAACAUCAGCAACAGCAGCUUCAACAACAACCUGCUUCCCCACUGCGGAGCCCCUCCCUGGACUUGAGCCCGGGCCAGAACAUGUCAGCACUCUAUAGUGACCCCUUCAUUGACCCUCAGUUCAGCAGUCGUAUAAAGACCCUCCCCUACCAGUGUGAUCAGUUUGGUCUAAUGGAAAACUCAUUAGCCUCUACAUCAUCGACCUUUGACCCUUCCUCCUCCUCACUGCUCUUUUACUCCCAGCCUGCCAUGUCAGAGCUGGGGAGGAGCCAUGGCGGUCUGCAUGACUCCUCCAACACAAGAUCCAACACACUAUACCCGACCUGCAGGGGUGGACUGCCCAAUAUCGUCCUCACGGACGACUCUAACCCGUCUCUGUCAAAGGACGUCAGCACAGCGUUCUCUGCUGGUCCUGAAUGUUUCCACUCAGAUGAGGGCUUCCCAUUAGAGGACGAGCUGCACAUCGAGCCUCUCAGCCUGGACGGUCUGAGCAUGCUCAGUGACCCUAACAUGGUGCUGCCUGACCCAUCCGUGGAGGAUUCUUUCCGCAACGAAAGACUCUGAACACACACUCUUAAUGUGAAAAACACUCACUCACCUGAGCCAGGUGGACGGACGAGCGAGGAAUCAAACCACCUCUCACACAGGCUCCACCCUUUCGCUGUGGAAACAUGCACUACCUGGUCUGGUGUCCUGGUUUCCUUCCUGUCAUGAAAUGGAGAGACAGGAGAGAGUUGGUGUUAGACAACUAUUAAAAUUUAAUUUUUUCUUUAACCAGCUUGUUUAAAAAUGACGACACUGAAAUAGCAGGUUCAAUUAAAAUGAAACAAAAGUGUUUACAAAGGCCAGGACCAGGACUAACACCUGUAACAACGAGAUCAGGUUUGUAUCUAUGUUGGAAUAUGUUUAAUCACGUUCUUACCCCAUUUAUUCCCCUCAUUAACAUCUGUUUAAUUGCGUUGGGGAUGUUGUGUCCAUUUUUGACAAAUAGUACGUUGCAGUUGGAAAUGGUUGGACGAGUUGGUGGAACUGGUCAGGGGUCACUCCUUGCCCAAACCCUAAUCCAAACUAUCCAAAAGUGCAACAUAAGGGAGGGAUUGUUAAUAUUAAGUGGUGUAGUGGGGGUUGGGGUUAAGCUUAAUCCCAACCCUGUAGUCGUGAAAGAAAGGUGAAGGGUUGGGUUAGAGUUGAAUCAAACUCAGUCCCAGGUUGAGAGCGGUGAGGCUGAACACGUCUGAACAAAAACAGAAAAGAUGUUUGGGCUGUAUCAGACAAUGACUUCUGAUCUCAGAUUAAAGAUGGAUUGGUAAUCCAGAGUAUGGACCCAUGCACUAAAGGGAUGUCAGCUGGUAUCUGAUCAUGGAGAACCGAAUUUAAUGCAGAGUGUAAACGGGGUCACUCUUUCAUGCUGUUGUAGAGCAGCUGGUCCUCCUCCUGUUAGAUUUUCUCCCUCCUUUUCUUUGUUGAAGCCAAAGAAUGAAAACUGUAAAAUAAUUCAGAUUUAACUAAUUAUCUGAAAAAGGACCUUAAGUAAUCACUGCUCAGACACAUUGUGGGACUCUGUUCUGAGCUGUGGUUGUUAUGACUAGCUCCUAAUUAGCAAUGAAUAGAGCGCCCCCUAAUGACUGUCUGGAUUAAAUACUUAAUUGUGGAUCGUGUGCCUGUUGACCAGGUCAGACUUGUUCUUUGUUCUUUAUAACCCUGACCCUAAAGACAAAAAUAAUCCGUAAUCCUAUUCAUUCAUGGAGUUUAAAAAAAAAAAGAAAACCCUUAUCCUAACCCCCCAUGAAGGUUUAAAUGAACAGAAAAUAAUCUCUUAUCUCAACCGUUUUUGUUUUUUUCUUUAACGGCUGAGCUGCAGUAAGUGGGCGGAGCCUCCAGAGCGGGAAAAGUUGAUAAUAAAGCAGCUCUCUGGGUUUCCUGAUGUUAUAUAUCUAAAAAUACAAAGUUUAUAAUUUAUAAUCUCCUGGUAUUAUUAUCAUUAUUUAACCUUUCUGUUAGUUUGUAAUCCUGCUGCCUUAUCUCUUUGUAUUUCAUUAUUCCAUCACUAACAGCUCUCAGCUCCUUUUUACUUCCUUUUUUAAUAAAUGCUUUUGUUCUUUUCUCUCUUUUUUUUUUUUUUUUUUUAGUGUGGUAUUAAAAUUCACUCUUAUGUUAUUUAAACAUGUUUUUUUCCACUAGUGUUGCCAUAUUUUUAUGUUUAUUGAGGUUGUUUUUUUCCUAGUGUAUCUGUAUGGUUUGUAAGAGAGACGGUGAUGCUUAGCGUGGUUUCAUAGAAACAAUAAACUCUACUUUCUA